GCUUCGGAAGCAUCGUUGUCGUUCUGCUCGUUAACGCGUGCCGUCCCAUUCGAAGCGUAACUUAUACACACCAACAUAUUGUUAGUGUUUCCAUACGUGUGUGCGCGACUUUCUCUGUAUUUCUUUUCUUAACGUUCAUUAACGAAGUUUUUAAAAAUAUUUCGCGAGAUAUCUUCGAACGUUAUUAAAUCUUUAACGACGUCUUCGAAUAUUGAAUUUUAUUAAAUUUUGAAACAACAUAGUGGACUAUUGAACUGGUACAGUGACUUUCGAUUAAUAUAGUGGACUGUCGAAACAGUAUUUUGAAAUUUCUCGAGUUUUUGAAUAUCGCGAACGUUAGGAAGAAAGUGAGUGUUCCCGUGCCGAUUAGAGAGAAAAUAGUUUCAAUAGUGGAAGACGGACAGUUUGAUUUAUCAUCCACUGUUUGGCUGGACGAAUGUUUUAGAAAACCCUUGGGCCUUGUCGACUUGGAGAACGUCGGCGUGAAUUUAGCUGGCAAAAGAUUGAAAUACCAUUGGUACCGUGAUCCUACUGUCUUCUCCGGAAGUUCCUCGAGCGAACGUUCCAUCUUCAAACUAGAUUCGUUGUAGUGCGACGAUCAAGAUGAAACAAUUAUCCUGGAUCUUUCUUCAGCUGUUGUUUCUGACCUCGAUAUUUCCUUCGAGCCUGUCAGUCUCGACGAGGUCACGAGGCAAGAAGAAGGUCGCCAAAGAGACGAAAGAAGUGAACAUCUGCGCGAUCGAAGGCAUACAGGCUCCUAUGUACUGUUACUGCGAUAACAAUACCAUAAGAAACGCCACGGAAGCCACUUGCGUCGUGUUGAGCCCGUUCAGCAUUAACGAUCCAACGUGGAAUUACUUCACCUCGCAGAUCUACUUACAGAAGCUAAAGUUCGUGGUUCGAACGCCAAACGGAUUGGAAUACAUACCGGUUCAACUGCUGAGACAGCUGAAGAACUUGCAGAAGAUCACGUUCCAAGAUGCCAGCAUCGAGGAGCUGAAGGAAUCCGCGUUCUCGAACCUUCCUACGAUUACAGAAAUCGAUUUGAGCACAAAUUCCAUUUCGACGUUGAGGACGCACGCGUUUGAGAACUUGAAGAAUCUAACUGCGAUCUUCUUGAACUCGAACCGGAUCACCGAGAUCAAUAGAGACACGUUCGUCAAUCUACCAUCGCUAAAGAUACUCUCCCUGAACGGGAACAACAUCAGCACAUUGCACGACAAGGCGUUCAAACAUCUGACUACUCUAGAAGAACUGCAGCUGGUCGACAAUCAGAUCAAAGUCAUCACCGCGGACAGUUUCCACGGUUUGAGAAGUCUGCUCAAGCUGGACAUGCGUAACAAUUUGAUCGCCAUGAUUGGCGAUAGAACGUUCAUCGAGAUGCCCUCGUUAAGACAGCUGGACCUCGAUCAAAAUGAGAUUGAGUAUAUUUCGGAGAAGGCGUUGGACGGAAUGAGGAAUUUGAAGAAGUUGAAGCUCAGCGACAACAAGUUGGUCACUCUGGAACCGGAUUUCCUGGCCGGUGCACCGGGAGUAUACGUGCUGGACUUGAGGGAUAAUUCGCUGAAGACCUUGACCUUCGAUAAUAUCAAGCCAAUCGUGACGAAUUUAUACAACAGCAGCAGCCAAUUCUACCUGAGCGGCAAUAAACUGAUCUGCGACUGCAAGCUGGCAUGGAUCUGGGGCCUGAGGAACGAGACGAAGAACGUAAAGCUGCGGGAGUCCCUGGAGGAGCUCACUUGCUUCCUGGAGAGCAAUAACGCAACGCUGAAGAUCAACAACGACGACCUCGAAUGGAACGAAGCGCUCGAAAUUGCACGGAACUCAGAGGAAUAUCGCACCGGGAGCUUGAGAGACGGCAGCAUCGAGGACGACGACGCCUACUUGGGCGACGAAUACGAGAGCAAAGAUGGAUACGAGGAUUCUUCCUCGAAUUCCGAUUUUCAGCCAAAGGUAAGAUAUACGUUUACCUUCUAUAUUUUUCUUCCUGCCAUCGAAGGGAACGGGAUCAAUUUCGCCCCAAUUCCAUCACCACGUUUCUUCGAAUCUGUCGCUGAAUUAAGGGACGAAUAACCUGUCGCCAUUAUAUUUUAUGUUACGUUCGUCGCGCCUGGCAUGUUAAUAUCGCGUAUCA